AUGUCGGCAAUUUUUGAUGAUUUAUUAUCAACUAAAUCUUUACAUUCAAAAGAUCCUAUUGAUCAAUAUAUUUUCAAUCAUUCACUUCGUUAUACAUCUGAACAACUUGAACUUUUAGAAGAUAUUAAAAAUCUACCAGAAAAAAUUCAACCAUGGUUAGGAUCAACAGAUGAAGCACAAUUUUUUCAAAUACUUAUUCAACUUAUGAAUUGUAAACGAGCAAUUGAAAUUGGAACAUUUACCGGUUAUACAUCAUUAACUAUUGCUUUGGCACUUCCAUCUGAUGGUGAAUUAAUAACUUGUGAUACAGAUGAUACAUAUGUUCGUCAAGAUAUUUGGGUUAAAGCUGGUGUUCGAAAUAAAAUAAAUCUACAAAUUCGACCAGCUCUUGAAGUAUUAAAUGAUUUACUUGAAAAAAAUGGUCCAAAUUCAUUUGAUUUUAUAUUUAUUGAUGCUGAUAAAGCAAAUUAUCCUCAAUAUUAUGAAUUAUCAUUACAAUUAAUACGUCCAAAUGGUUUAAUUGCAAUUGAUAAUACUUUAUGGAAUGGACGUGUUUUAAAUGAAAAUGAUACAACGAUUGAAACUAAAGCUAUACGUCAAACAAAUGAACUUGUUAAAAAUGAUAAACGUGUUGAUAUUAGUUUUUUAAAAUUAGGCGAUGGAACAACAUUUUGUAGAAAAAAAUAA